AUUACGAUGAAUGUUGUGCGGGAACAUACUGCCCAGAAAUGUUGUCCACGUGUUCAAACACGCCUAGUAGCUUUGAGUGCAUGUGCUUUGAAGGAUAUUUUAUUAAUGGAACCAUCUGUCAAGGUAUAUAAACACUUAAAAACACAGCACAGUAGAGUUCUUAAAGUUCAUUAACUAUAGAGAGCAUUCUGCAGAGACACCAACCUGAUACUCAGGAUUUUCACUUGCGCUACCCCAACCCCGAUACCCGAUGCUGCGAAAACCCUGACAUGCACCGGCUGGUCACAAGGCACCCAGAUUUUAGGUGCUAUAUUAUGCGACUGAGGGAGGGUAGGUCAUUAUCACACGGCAAAACUAUAAAACGUCAAGUAUAUGUGCUGAAAGACUCUGAACUAUGAUUUGCUUUAUUAGUUUAGAUUUAAUAAUAUGGUAGUGGUACAGUAGUGUAAAAUGUAAAGUUGGUAGUUUAAUUUAGUUGCAUCUUUCAUAAGAGCGAAACAGCACAAGAAGGUAGCGCUCUUCACGAUCGUGAAUCGCAUUUUACUGUAAAACGUUUUUGUCUAUAAAUAUUAGCGGUUUACUGUACAUAUAAAACAGAUUUCUCGUGUGGUUGCCAGACACCACACUCUGAACGACACUGUUUUAAACUAGCAACAUGAAAUUUCACACCGAAUUUCACACCAAACAAAUUACUCCGAACCAAUAAGCCCAAAAAAGAACCGGUGGCUCGCAACUGUUUAUUAUAAAGAUAGGCCGUAUUCUGUGGCACGAAAAGUCGCUUAGAAAAUGAAUUCCGGUGCCAUGGUUUGGGCACUACUUUGAAACAAGAUAAAUAAUUAGGAUAAAUCAUACAAAAUCCAAAUCCGCUUGUUGGCACUUCUCAAAACCUGCAGUUUUCGAGUAUUUCUUCUUCGAAAAUUCACGAAAUCAAUAUCUUUCGCAAGCAACAAGAAAGCUAGUAAUUUUGAUUCAAAUUGCUGAUAAGGACGUAGUAGCUUUGGAAGUCAAAUAGUACCAAAAACAUUGUUAUGAAAAGUACACAGCCAUGUAAAGGCAACUUCUUUUCCAUAGACCAAAGGUACGAAACAAGAGUGAAAUUGUUUAAUAUGCAGAGUGCCUUAGUCAAGCAAGUGUAGCAGAAGGUUUUAUGGAUGAUGACAUAGAAACAUCUCAGAGUUCACUUGCAAGAGUCUGAAUCUGAUGUUUUCAUUGGAACAAAAGCAUCCACAUACACAAGUGUAACAUUGAAAGAAAUGUGUGCAGUUGGCCUAACAUUGAGAAACAACUUGCAUGAUUGUGCAUCAGCUUGGUACAAGAACUGGCAUCAGAUAUUACUGGAAUAAUGUUGAUGUGUUGAUAGUUGCCUGUGCAAUAGCUGAAUUAAAUGCCAUUGUCAAAGAUAGUGAGACACAAUGUCCAAAACCACUCAAAAUCUUAUCAGGCCAGAAGAACCAGAAAUCUGUCGAUCGGUCAUUGCUAGGGACUUAAGUGUCUGUACUUUCCUCCUAUUAGAAAUGUAGUCCAAAUCAUGACACAGAGAAAAAAUCUUUGAUGUAGUUUGCUCAUCUAAUUUAAUAUAGUCAGCCUCUUUUGGGUCAUCUGAAAACCCAAGAAUCCAUGCCAUAAAAUUAAACAAGAGAGGGGAUACAAACUUUCUGAUGUUUUCACCAGUAAUGUCUGAUGCAUCUGGUGGCCAGUUCCUGUAACAAUUUGAUGUACAAUAAAGGAAGUUGUUUCUCACGGUUAGGUCAACUAUAUACAUUUCUUUCAGUGUUGCACUUGUGUACUGCACAUAGAUGCCUUCGUUCCAAUGUCAUCAUCAGAUUCAGACUUAUGUGAAUUCUAAGACGUUUCUAUGUCAUCAUGCAUAACACUUUCUGCUACACUUGCUUGACUGAGGCAAUCUGUAUAAACAAUUUCACUCUUGUUUCGUACCUUUGGUCCAAGGAAAAGAAGUUGUGGAAACAUUUCAUAACAAUGUUUAUGAUAUUUCGCUUCCAAUGCUACAAGCCACCAGGUCCUUAUCAGCAAUUUAAAUAAAAAUACUUUCACCAGCUUUUUGGUUGCAGUUUCUUUCAGUUUACUACCAUCUGCUGUUUCCGCAGAUACCAUUUUGUCCAGCUUUCCCUUAUUCGACUUCUAUAUAAACCCAUGCAAAGAAAUCACACAGCUGUUAUAAGAGGUGCAGCUCAAGGGAAUUCAAUCAAUAUAUAAUUAUAAAACACAUAUUUGUGAUGUUACUCCGAGUGUGUAUCCACACCGGGUGAGCUUGAAAAAUAUGCCUGCCCACGGUGGGAUCAAACCUAUGACCUUUGGAAUACUAGCCCAAUGCUCUGCCAACUGAGCUACGCGGUCAGGUCGGUUCGACUAUGUGACAUUUCGGAACUAUGGAAUAUUUCGGAUAUUUUCAGCAUAUAUUUUCAAUAUAUGGAAUAUUUCUGUUAUUUUCAACUGAGUCUAGUUCUCAAUGCAAUCUAGAUCUCAGCAUUUAUACAGUAUCUUUACAGGUGCCAGGUGGAGUUUCAUCUGAUUCCGUUUCUUCAUCAUUAUUAAUAUCGAUACCAGAGGAUGAAGGUACACCUUCUCUGUCCAUAUUCUAACAAUGCACUUGAGCUCGUUUGAUCAUACUGCUAUUGUGAAUGCCGAGUGACAUCCUCGAUGAUAAGAGAAAUUUCAAAUUCAGACAUGCUGUCGCUAACAAAUUGCAAACUUCUUUGAGCAACAUUGCGUUCGUCCCUGUCUAGCAUUAGCCAAAUUCUACGACAAUCUAAACAUUUUUUAUACAAAACCGCACUAAAAGUUGUAAGUGGGCCUUUUUUCCCCUCAAAAUGAAUGUAAACAUGAAUCGGAAGACGCCAUGUUUACAAAUGCUAAACUGGAAACUUCAUGUAAGAACGAGUGUGAGCCCGCGAAAAUUGCCAUUUAUAGUGUUUAUUACACCAAGUAUCCUGAACAAAAAUGGCGGCGAUUGAUUGCGAAAGAUGUUGAUUUCUUGAAUAUUCGAAGAAGAAAUACUCGAAAACUGCAGGUUUUGAGAAGUGCCAACAAGCGGAUUUGGAUUUCGUAUGAUUUAUCCUAAUUAUUUAUCUUGUUUCAAAGUAGUGCCCGAACCAUGGCAACGGAAUUGAAUGAUAUCGUGCCACAGAAUACGGCCUAAGAGUGUAUCACUGAUGUUUCGUGAAGCGUGCACACUCAAUUACGGGCUCAAUUAAAUCUCGGCUGUAAACUGAAUUGAAACUGUGAAAUGAAAAUUCAUUGACAACAAACGCGAAACCGCUAGUAAUAGCACAUAUGAAAGUCCAAAUUAAAACGUUCAAUACACCUAUACAUUCUGAAAUACUGCAUUCAGACAUUUCACUUUCAGUCUUGACAGCCUUUUCUACCCCUUUAUAACUAUAACUACAGUAUAAAGCAUAAAAAUAAAUCAUCAGGUUACAAAAAUUAGCAGGCCGGAUACUGCUAACCUCCGUAUUUUUCGACCAGUUACUACUUCAAAACACUUCGAAUCGACAUAAAUUGAAUUCAAUUUAGUAUAUAAACAUUCCAUGGUUCUAUGGAUUUAUUUUUACACUGUUAAAUUAUCGUUUCGCAAAUUUAUCGUGGAUUGUUUUCUAUGAUAUAAUCAAUGUAGCUAUAUUCACUAACGGUAUGUAUUGUGGAAUUUUAUCUUUUUGUAUUCACUGGAUUGAUCUAUUUGAAAUUCUCACUAUGUGUUCCUGGUCUUCUGUUAAAAGUUAUACUAUAUUUCAUUGAAGACAACUUGAAUUAUCGCGUAGUAAACCUUAUUUUGACCGUUGGGAUAUUUGAAUAAAUUCGCGGCGUCUCAGUUACCGUGGCAACAACUAACUGUUCGUGUCUCGUCGUCAUAUAGCCUUGAAGUUUGUCUUGAAACUUCAAUUAUUCCUUCUGCCCUUACUUAGUUUUCUAUUGUUUGGUUGAUCUCCGUAAAUUGAUGACUAAAGUCCUUUGUUAAACAAUCUACAUUCAAAGUAUGUUAUAUUUCUCAAGCGCAAUAUUAUUCCCUGCGAGUUAUAUUGAAGUACAAUCGUCUACUACUUGACCUCAAUUAACCUAUACGAGACCUUUCAUAUCUAGACCUAAUGCCGAGACAUAUUUGCCUUCUGGCUUUCUUCACUCAUACUGGUAUUGUUCCUUUUCAUUGUCCUCAACUCGUGUAACUCAUGGAACGUGGACACUUCAGACGAGGUCACUCCAGACGUGGUCACUCCAGACCUAUAUUCCGAAUUUCCACAGGCAGACUGUUCCAGUCGUUGGCAGCAUGGUAGCUGAAUGCCUGCUUCCCCCAGUUCUUCUUGACGCGUUCCAAAUGUAUGUUCUGUUUGUUUCGAGUGUUGUAGCUGUGGAUGUCAGAGGAGAACUUGAAAUUAAAUUUAAAAUCGAUGCCAUUGUUUAGACACUUGUGCAUGAUUGGACAACGGUGAAAGUGUCUACGUGUUGUUAACGGCUGCAAAUUUAACGAUCGUAGGGAUUCUGAGGCUGACGAGAGUGGAUGAGCGUCAAGAAUGAUUUUAGCGGCUUUGUUGGGAAGAACUUGAAGGUGGUUCAUCAGGACAAAGUUGUUUUUAUCACCCCACACAAAAUUAGCGUAGUCAAAGAUCGGCAUGACAAGUCCCUUACUAGAGUACGACGAGAUUCAACUGUUAGGAGGUAUUUAACUCUUCGUAUGAUACCAAGACGUUGAUUAACUCUGGCAAAGAGUGCUUCAAUCUGACCACGAUAAUGUCUGAUUUAAGGUUAUACCAAGAUACUUGAAUGAUUCAACACGAUGUGUGCUAUUUGUGCUAUUUGUGUGCUAGUGGGCUAUUUUUUAUUAAUAAGAAGAUUUAUAUUUUGUAGUUUGGCCAGUUAGGCCGUAUUCCUUGCCCGCUUUUCGUUCAGUUUUGUUGCCCCCCUUCGGGCACUACUUUAAAUUUACAUGAAUGUAUAGAUUUUUAUACGCUGAGUACGAAUUCACUUGUUGUCACUCGCACAAAGCUUCAGUUUUAUUGUAUUUUACGAUCAAACACAUUUUACGAUUAUUAAAAUUUCCGCCAUUUUGUCCAGGAAACUUCAUGUUAUAUACAGUUAUUGUACUAGUUCAAGUCUCUUAGCACGGCGGGGGGUCGGGGGGGGGGGGGUUGCAUGCGGUAUUACGUAUUUUUUAUCAUCCUCCUGAGGAAAAUAUACAGAAAUAAAUAAAAAUAUACAUAUUUUUCCACAAUAUUAAAAUGCGAAAGGUACUGUUACAAGUUUGUAAAUAAUCAGGAACUAAUCAACUAUUCUUUAUUGCACCAACGUUUGGGUUUUUUGCCUCACCUUGAUGUGAAAUUGCAAAGACUGUCACUAUAUCCACAACUAUGUCCUUGGUAAAGUUGUUUAUUUUAUUUAGCUAUUGCUGAAAUCAUGUAUAUAAUUUUAGCCUUACAAUGAAAAUAGGCAAUUUUUCUUUGAAAUUUUUGUUAACACUAACGAGCACAAUAUAUUUGUUGUUUAAUAAAUGUUAGACCUAUUUGUUGUUUAGUAUAAAAUUAUGUUAAACCUAUAGUCACCUAGAUAAUUUAUUAACACAAAUAGACCAUUACCCAUUAGUAGCAGUUGACCUCAAUCAAAUUAGCUCAUCCAUUUAAUAAAUCUGCACAUAACGAGUUCCAUUUUCUUGUAUUAUAAUAAAAUUUUUGCUAUCAUGACAUUUAGGUUGAUGAAAAAACUUUUGGAAGAUGUCUUUCAAUCUUAGACAGACUGACAGGGCCUGUUCAUAUGGGCAAAAGUUAUCCCGGUUAACGAAAAAACUUUUCGACUACCCAAAUACUUUUGUUCUGUUCAUUUGGAGAAACUUUAUCCCGCUUACCGGGUAAAGUUUUCGGCUGUGACGUGGCACUGAACAUUAAUUGCAUUGAAAAGUUGCUGACACGACAGAAAGUUAUCCCGCUAAGCGAGAAAGUUGUGUUCAUAUGGGAAAAACAUUAUCCCGGUCACCGAGAUGUCGCCUGUGAACAAGCGAGAUCUCGGUACACGGAAAAACUUUUUGUCUCACAUGAACGCAGUGUAAAUUUUCAUAUUAUUUUCAUACCAAAGCGAGAUCUCGCUUGUAAACUUGUCGAAAAGUUUUCUCGCUAACCGGGAUAACUUUUGCCCAUAUGAACAGGCUCUUAGUACUUUUGUUCUGUUCAUAUGGAGUUAACCGAGCCUAGAUUAGCCAUAUUUUUUUAAUCACUUUAUUGUUAUUAAAGUAUUCACAUUAGCAAAUGGUGGUUAUACAGGACAUAGCCCCCAAUUGAUUACAGCUACAAUGCAACAAGUUUGCUUGGUUUUUAAAUUUGUGAGACUGUUGAGGCAAGCAUAUGGGCUUGCUGGAACAAAGGUACUAAGCAGUAAGCAAAAAACUGUAUAAACACAAGCAAAUCUCAAAGCCAUGCCGCCUAUAAAUUGGUCGAGCCAUUUGCAACAUAUUGUCAUGAUACAUUAUCACCUUAAGCUCCUAUCUGCUCUAAUCCUAUUUGAGCUGCUACUCAUUACCAACUGGAGUUCUAAGGGAAAAUUUAUUAAUUUAUAUUUUGCCAGGCAGGCACUUAAAGUAAUCUGGCACCGCUACCUACUAAUAUGCAUUAGUUACAUAAACCUUUUUUCCAGUUUGCCUAGCCAAGACCCUCCUUUUUCCCAUGCCUUAGAUCUUGGAUAACAGCUGGGCAUUAAAAUAACAUAUCUUCAUUUCCUUAGGGGGUACCAGAGCCAGCCGGAUACCCGAGCUAGCUCGCUUUGCCCUGAUCUAACGUCGCUAUGUAAUUUAAACUAAUUAUAAUAUUCAUGGAACUGCAUGGGCUGGCCUGUCUAGGCGAGAUCUUGAAAAAUAAAAAUAUAUCGUAUUAUAUACUAUUUAUAGCAGUGAGACCAGUGAUUUGUUUUGGCAAGCCAGCUAGCCAACCUCGAAUGUCUCUUGUAAACAUGGGAUGAAAUCAACUUGUGCUGGCUCGCCUCCAAAUAAACACCUCCUUAGGAAAUUUCAAAGCUUAAUAAAAUUUCUUUUGAAAUCUCUCUGAGGGAUAAAAUCUUCAAAACUUUAAAUAUUGACAAAAAUUUUAGGUAGACAGUACCCAGGAAAAUUGCCUAUUCGCAUUGCAAGGCUAAAUUAUGGACAUAAUUUCAGUAUUAAAUAAAUAAAAUAAACAACUAGCUUUACCAAGAACAAGUGAGUCUUUGUGGAUGACACAUCAAGGUGAGGAAAAAAACAACAAAAGUUGGUGCAAUAAAGAAACAAACAUGCAUGUAGUAUAUUUUUACCCCUGUAUAUUUUCCUAACAUUUAUUAAACAACAAAUAUAUUGUGCUCCUUAAUCAGUGUUAACAAAAAUUUUAAAAAAAAAUUGCCUAUUCACAUUGUAAGGCUAGAAUUAUAUACAUAAUUUCAGUAAUAAAUAAAAUAAACAACUUUACCAAGGACAUAGUUGUGGAUAUAGUGACAGUCUUUGCAAUUUCACAUCAAGGUGAGGAAAAAAACCCAAACGUUGGUGCAAUAAAGAAUAGUUGAUUAGUUCCUGAUUACUGUAUUUACAAACUUGUAACCGUACCUUUCGCAUUUUAAUAUUGUGGAAAAAUAUCUAUAUUUUUAUUUAUUUCUGUAUAUUUUCCUCAGAAGGAUGAUAAAAAAUGCGUAAUACCGCGUGCAACCCCCCCCUGCUAAGAGACUUGAACUAGUAGAAUAACUGCAUAUAACAUGAAGUUUCCUGAACAAAAUGUUUUUUAAAUUUUAAUAAAAAAUGUUGAAGUUUGAUUGUAAAAUACAAAAAACUGCAGCUUUGUGCGAGUGACAACAAGUGAAUUCGUACACAGCAUAUAAAAAUCUAUAGAUUCGUGUAAAUUUAAAGUAGUUCCCGGGGCAACAACGUUUUCUAAGCGACUUUGAGGCUAGGGAGGGAAUACAGCCUAAGUUUGGCAUUACUUCCGAAAACCAUAAAUUUGCAUUUAGAAGUGUUAAGAGUUAAACGGUUAGCACCAAACCAACGAGAUAAGUUCUGUAGGUAAGAGUUUAGCUUUUGUUCCAAUUCAAUCGGGGUUUUAGCUUAGCAAAACAGGACGGUAUCAUCUGCAUACAGGGAGAUAUCACGGUUAUUAACAGUGGAGGGAAUUUCAUUCACAUAAAUGAGAAACAGUAAAAGACCCAGUAUACUUCCUUGGGGUACUCCGACAUGUACUGGUUAAGUGGGCGACUGUUCAAGGCCAAUAGAAGUGACUUGAAAACGAUUAGAGAGACAAGAAGAGAACCAGUUGAUUGUUGUCCGUGAAAAACCAAUAGUACUAGGUUUCUGUAUGAGACGAUCGUGACUAACCGUGUCGAAGGCCUUCGAAAGAUCUAAGAAAACUGCAUCGGCGAUAGAACCUUUGUCUAAAUUAUACAGAAUGUUGUCAGUGAAGUAGGUGAGAGCAAUUGCCGUGGAGAGUUUUGGGCGGAAUCCAAAUUUUUUCAGGGUCAGGAUAUUUUCAUGAAGUAGAUAGCUAUAGGUAUAGGCUUGACUAUGAACAGCUCUUUCAAGUAUUUUGCUAGCAGUUGGUAGAAUAGUGUACGAACUUCCGAGAUAAUUCUUGCUAAUUUAUAGGUUACAAUGCACGCAUGUGUAGUUGACAUUAGUUGGUGCACGCGUAGUUGACAUUAGUUGAAUUUCGAAGUUCAAUUCAUGAAGCAAUAUCGCAAAUAGAUUUAUGUUUGCAGGAAUAUAAAGUUAAACAUAAUGGUGGGCAUGAUCCAAUUGGCUCUUGAGUUCAAGUUCUGUGGUUAACAGUUCAUUUUCUGGUUCCAAGCAAAAUGUUCGCCUACCAAGGCUGAAUUUAAAACAUUUUAAAGGAGAUCCAAUCAAAUUUCAAUCAUUUUGGGAUUCAUUUGAAAUCACAAUUCAUAAUAAUGAGAAUCUAUCGGAUGUGAGUAAAAUGAGUAAUUUGAUUAGUUUACUGGAGGGACCAGCUUAUUCGGCUGUAGCUGGCCUUUCGCUUACAAGUGCAAAUUAUAAAAGUGCAGUAGAUACAUUGAAAGAACGAUUCGGUUGUGAAGAAGUAGUUAUAUCGGCCCACAUGGAUGCCCCACUUAAAUUGCCAGGAGCUAAUACAAAUUCAGAUACAAAGAAAUUAAGACGAAUAUAUGAUGAAGUACAACAACAUGUACGUGGUUUGAAAGCAGUCGGAAUUAGCAGUAAACAGUAUGGAAAAUUACUUGUUCCUAUUUUGAUGAAUAAAAUCCCUCAGGAAUUGCAACUCAAAAUAACACGGAAAUUGGGAAAGGAAAAAUGGGAUUUAGAAGCAUUACAGAAUGCUUUGAAGGAGGAGCUGGAAGCUAGAUAG